CAGCCGCAUAAACCCUUGUCUCUUAACAUCACCCUCAAGCCAUGGCGUCAUUCCACCUUCAAAAAGCGUUGAUUAACCCUCAAUUCGAAGGGUAUAAACUGCAUUCGAUUUCUCAAAAUGGCUCAGUAACACGGUAUAAUCUGGAACACAAGGCGACCCAGGUCACUUCAUCCAACAAAUCCCUGUUGACCUUCAAAGAGAUGCAGAGUAGAAUAUCCCACAAUCACCUUGCAACUUGCGAAAAAUAUGCCGUAUAUGUCGACUCGCAAUUCAAUCUUAUUGCUAUAUUUCUCGCGCCGGAAACCAACCAACCCAAUUUUCGUGUCGUGUUUGAGAUACCACACUCCCUCGAAUCUGCCUCUGUUGAAACCCAUCGUAACGAGUACCCCUCAGCGGCAUUUUUGUCGUCCUCAGUCGUAUUACUCGCCGAUGGCAGCGGUUCACUGUAUGUCUUACGAACUACAGAGAGAGGCCCUUUCGAGUUGAUAUCCUUCUAUCAACUACCAUCGUCUCCUGGCCUUCCUUUCCGCAUUCAUUCUGUGGAAUUCAGGUCUCCAGACACUGUUCUGGCAAUCCUGUCAUCUCGGAACUAUGCGGAUGGCAAUGGUGCUCCAGUUGCAAAGAAACACGGCCAUAUUGACUUCGACGUUUGGGCGGUCAAGCUUGAUGUCCUCAAUGUUGUAUCUUCCGACGUUCAGACGAUGAAUGUUGUCUGGCAGCGACGGGGUGACGAUGUUCCUACUUAUGUCACCUACGUCCCAUCCCGUCAAUGUCACUUACUAGUCGGUGGCUCGGUGUAUCGAAAUAUUGGAACAGGCCCCCUUCCGUCGUAUUCGCCAAUGCCGGAUGAAAUUGUACCAAUACCGCGGGCCGAAGAGAAUUUCGACAGCGCAGAGAACGGCCCCACGAAACCCCCUCCCUACUCUUGGUACCAGACAACUGAUUCCCUUACAAUCGCCUUCCCCCUUCCUUAUACUACCCCAAAGUCUAACAUUCAUAUCGAAUUUUCCCUCCACUCCGUAACCCUGCACAUCCACGGUGAAGCCCUAGAAGCUAUUCCUUUCCCAGACUAUCACAACGAGGCGUUUUGGGGUGGAAUCGAUUCAUCCUCGUGCCUAUGGACUUGGGACCGAGAGGCAGAACACUCUUUUGGACUGCUAACUCUUCAUUUAGAAAAGCAGCAUGAAGGAACGAGAUGGAUGCGGGUCUUCAAGAACAAUACUAUUGACGUUCCUGAGACCCUCGAUCCCUCAGAGUUGUAUAAAAUCCGAGAAGCGUUGGAAAAAUACACAGCUACUCUGAGGGAUGGCGAGGACAUAAGCGGACUGGGAUUAGGAAGAGGAGUUCCCAGUUUUGCUGGGGGCGAGAUUGAUGAAGAAGUAGACGGUUCUGUGGGCCAACAGGCGUACUUAACCUGGGUCGGGAUCGACGGAUAUAGCCCCUCCUGGGCCUCAGGAUCCCAUGAGAUCCCGAUCCGGCUUCUGUCUACACCACUGCCCGGCAGCGCCACCCCGAUUGUCUCUCUAAUCACCAAAGAAAGUGUCGACGGAACGGUUUUCACCCUUGGAUCUGAAGAUAUAUCUGAAUGGAUCCAUACGUCCACCUUUUCGGCGCUCGCUUUUGUCCUCGCGUCGAAGCGUGACACUAGAUUUAUCUAUCAUACCAACGCCGCCGUGCUGGCCUUCGAAAGCGGUGCACAGAACAGGGGUGCAAACGUUUAUAUCUACCGGGCCGUGCCCCCGAUGGAAAAAUGGGCUAAACAAGCUAUUCUGAAAGUCAACGACGGAGUAGGUGGGUCUCUUUUGGGAGUAGGGGCCAUCGAGACACAGGAAGGAAGACAGAUGGUUAUAUGUCUUGCCGAAAACGAGCUGGUCACCAUAAAAGAUAUAUGAAAGGAUGAAAAAGGGAUUGAGAUUCGGGUAAUGCACGUAAGUACUGGGGGGAAACGUUACAGAAUGUAUGGUCAAUGUUGUACGAUAUUAGUGAUCACAAAUGUAGAAACUGUCGAUGCUAUUAGUGAAUGCGCAGUGCUACAUCAGGAUAUC